CAGAUCAAAUUCCUAGGUAGGAAGUAGCCAAGGCAAGUUUGGAAGUGAUUCAGCAUAAGGGGCAGACUGAAGAUUCAGUAGAAGUAGGCACUGGGCUCUGCUUAGGGCAAUAGUUUGAAAUACAUGUUUGUAUCAUUUCUGUUUGCAGAUUUCAUUCUAACUGUUACUGAAAACUGCUUCUGAAAGGAAAUGGCGUGGACUGGAUUUGUUUUAUUAUUAUUGCUAUUCAUUCUUACAGUUUUAUUCCUUUUCAAAAUGGGUAAUUCCCAGAGUAACAGUUCCCAAAAUCUUCCACCUGGACCCAGGACCCUACCCAUUUUGGGAAAUCUGCACAUAAUGGAUUUCAAGAGGCCUUAUAAGACAAUGAUAAAGUUGUCAAAAGUAUAUGGUCCCGUUUUCCGUCUUCAAAUGGGAUGCCAAGAAACGGUGGUGCUGACUGGCUAUGAGACAGUGAAAGAGGCUUUGGUCAACCAAGCAGAGGCAUUUGCAGAGAGAGCCUCUGUUCCCAUUUUUGAGGAUUAUGCAAAGGGUUUUGGUGUUAUUCUUGCUCAUGGUGAGAACUGGAGAGUGAUGCGGCGGUUUUCAAUAUCUGCAUUACGGGAUUAUGGAAUGGGCAAAAGAAUUAUUGAAGACAAAAUCAGUGAAGAGUGCAGUGUCUUGACAAAAACAUUUGAGACUUAUGAAGGAAAGCCAUUUGACCCAGCAACAAUUCUGAAUGCUGCAACUGCCAAUAUCAUAGUUUCUUUUUUACUUGGCAAGAGAUUUGAAUAUGAAGAUGCUACACUUCUAAGACUACUGGAGUUAAUCAAAGAAAAUUUACACCUUGCAGGAACCCCUGGUGUUUUGGUGUAUAAUGUAUUUCCCAAGUUGGGAUUCCUUUUGGGUGCUCGUAAGAAAAUAAUGAAGAACCGAAAGGAAUUCCACGAUUUCCUACGAGCCACUUUCCUUGAAAAUCUCAAAGAAUUUGAUGAAAAUAACCAGAGGAGUUUUAUUGAUGCAUUUCUUCUUCAGCAGAAAGAGGAGAAUAAGAAGUCAACAAAUAGCUAUUUCCAUAAUGAUAACCUUAUAGCUCUUGUGGAUAAUCUAUUUAUUGCUGGCAUGGAUACAACUUCAAACACUUUGUGUUGGGCCAUACUCCUAAUGAUGAAGUAUCCAGAAGUUCAGAGGAAAGUCCAAGAAGAAAUUGCAAAAGAGAUUGGGGUUCGUGAGCCAAAGACAGAAGACCGAGUCAAAAUGCCUUACACCAAUGCAGUAAUUCAUGAAAUUCAAAGAUUUGCUGAUAUUGUUCCAACCAAUUUGCCCCAUGCAACCACCAAGGACAUAACUUUCAAAGGUUUCUUCAUUCCCAAGGGCAUGAACAUUGCUCCAUUGCUCACUUCUGUGCUCCAUGAUGAAUCCCAAUGGGAGAAACCUCACGACUUCUAUCCUGAGCAUUUUCUUGACUCUGAAGGAAAAUUUGUGAAAAAAGAUGCAUUCAUGCCUUUUUCUGCAGGUCAAAGAAUAUGUGCUGGUGAGAACCUUGCCAAAAUGGAACUCUUCCUCUUAUUUACCUGCCUCCUUCAGAGGUUUAACUUCCAGCCACCCCCAGGAACAUCUAAAGAUGACCUGGAUCUGACUCCUGCUCUUGGGCUUACCACCCCUCCCAUGCCUUACAAGACCUGUGCUACGUUAUCUUGAUCUAACAAAAAAAAAGUUGUAACAAGCUGUUUUUCCCAACUUUAAAUGGCUUUACUUUGACAGGCAGGAAACCUGGGUUUCUUCAGAGGUGGAGCUAGAUGGUUACUGGGUUAAAACGAUCUUGGCUAUCCCAAGCAAGGCAAGUGGGAGACCUAAAGGUGGUAUUGUGACUCUAGUUAGCACAGCUUUGCAAUUCAAAUGUUGCCUUCUCUACAGCCAUUGCUUGUUGCUACCUUGUUCUCAUCCAAUUUUUUAACUUUUAUAUUCCCCCUCUUAGCACUAGCACUUAGACUUAUAUACCACUGUGAGAAAGAAAGAAGUUUAAAAAUAAAACAGUCACAAUUGAUUAACAAUAGAAAGAUUAGCCAAGCCCUGCAGGUAGACACUAGAUUCCAGGAGGCUUAGGUAGAAGACACACUUAACAAGACAAAAGGAUGGCAGAGGGAAGUUCUAAACAAUGUAACUGAGGGGGAGGGAUGGUGUAUUCUGGCUAGGCGGAUCGAACAGAUUGUGCCCCCGGAAGUCCUUUCAAAUGGGACCUAAGGGGAGGGGACGGGGGCAUCGCGAUAGGAGUGUAUAUAAUGCUGUGAGUUUGAAUAUUUUUGUGUGGUCUCUGGGUCUAGAACUUCCUGUUGAAGUCUCUCACCAGGAUCCAUCACGCUUUGCAAACUGCUUUUCUAUUUUCUGCAGAAUAAACUCUUUUUCUUACCAAUCCAAAUUUGUUGGUAUUUUAAUCACGUUUCCAACAAAUUGGCACCCAACGUGGGGCCUUGGGCAUCUGUUACUGCAUCUUCGGGGGGCGAGAUCAGCUGAGGAAGGCAUGCCCCAUUGAUUUCAAUGGUCCAAAGUUGCAGUCGCAGGUCAAGGAAGCAGAACAGAGCCAGGCCCAUGGACCAAAUAGUGAUUGGUAAGAACUGAGGAGAGAGGACCAGAGAAUUACCAGGACAAGGACCUGGCAACUUCGUGCACGAAGCUAGGUUGUUAUGUCUGUGUGCAGGACACACUAAUAAAAAAAAAUUACCUAAGAAGGAAUUGGAAUUCAACACUGGAGGGAAGCCUCCAGCCCUUAGGCCAUUUCAGUGCAUUCAGGUAGAUUUUACUACCCAUGUAGUACCCAUGUAGUAAUGCAACAACUAAUAUGGUUUCUAAAAUACUAUUGGAAGUAAUAUGUGCAUAAACUGUCCAGAUAUUUUGAUUUUCUCAGGAAACAAGGAUUGCUGGCACAAACACCUCUCUUGGAGUUUCUAGUCCACAGAUUCCAGAUUGGAGAUUGGGUGCUGAUCUGGAGUUGCAAGGAGGAGAAGCUGGUUCCGAAGUGGGAAGGCCCUUUCCAGGUGCUGCUGAAAUCCGAAACAGCAGUAUGAACAGCAGGGAAAUGCUGGACCCACUACACCCAUGUGAAAGGACCAGUGGACGCUCCAACCAAGUGGGAAGUGUGCCUCAACCUGACCCUUUGAAGCUGAUAAUAAGAAAAAGCAAAAUAUAGAGACAUUAGGAAAAAGGGAGGGUUAAAUGUGUUGGUUUUGUGACUGUAAAUGUUGGUGUAAUUGUUGUUGUUGUACCCAUUGCCCAGACUGCUCACCGAUAUACAGAGACUGCGGAGAAGAGUGUGAUAUAGUGAUCAUCGAAGACUGGUGUCCCGAGUACCAAUCUCAGCCCGUUACAGGCAGUGGUGUCAAAAUUGAAAGGGAAGAAGUACUUUUCCAGGGGUGGACAGAAUUGUGACAAUGUUAGACCUCAAUAUGACCUUGGUUACAGGAGUAAUUAAGAUAUGGAUUAUAGUGGGAGUAGUAGGGUCCAGAAACAUAUGCAAAGGUCAAAGUAUAAAUACCUCUGAUAACUGUAAUUAGAACCACCAAAAUGGGUAAUAAGAUAACCAAAACUCUGACAUAUCAUACUCAGAUGGACUGCAAGAAGGUGGUGGGAACAUGUGUUCAUAAUACCACUCAAUUUUCCCUGUGUAAUGAAACAGGAAGGGUUACAUACGUUGACCCCUCUAGUGUGAAAUAUCAAAAAACCAUUCAGAUAUUUACCUCUCAAAGUGGAAAGAAUCUAACAUCAUUAUUAUUAGAACAGAACACCUCUGCUAAUCACAAGAGUAGUAUCUCUGCUAAUCACAAGAGUAGAAUCUGCUUUGAUGCCUGCUAUGCCAUGAAGUUUAGUCCCUGGACCACCUGUGGGGGCCUGAGUUGGCAGCGGAAUUACCUUACACAAAGGAUAUACGUUUACAACCAACAACAGAGAGGAAGCUCCUAGGUGGUUUCCCAGACAUAUUGGUACUCCAAUGGUAGGGGCCCACCUAGGGUGUGGACAGAGAAGAGCAGUUGGUUUAAUUUAACCAAGGGGGUCGGACAAUCUGAUUGUUUAGAACAGUGGUUCUCAACCUUUCUAAUGCCGCGACCCCAUAAUACAGUUCCCCAUGUUGUGGUGACCCCCAACCACUUAUACAUCACCGGGUGCCAGGGGCGUGGCCAAAGAAAAGGGGGGAAAAUGGCAGACAGCCUUGUUUGGUGACCCCCGUGAAAUGGUCGUUCGACCCCAAAUGGGGUCCCGACCCAUAGGUUGAGAACCACUGGUUUAGAAGACCAUUGUACCCCCACAUGCUUGCAUUUUAUGGAUCCUGAUGAAAGAUCACAGGAAUAUGGAUUGGGAAUUGAGAGUCUGGGAAAGGACCCGAGCACCUGCAUCACCGUUAAGGUAACAAGGAAAAAUCUGACCCCAAUAGAAAGUAAAUUAUUCCACUGCUUUUAUGAGGAGCUUGAAAAGGCCGAUCACCCUGAUACCUGGGGACUCACUUUUCUCACCAAAAAUCUAUUUAUAGAUCUGGCUGAAAGGAUAGCCACCAUCCUGGGAGUAAAGAAUUAUUAUGUAUGUGGUAGAACAAAUAUGGGGGAACAGUGGCCUUGGGAAGCUAAAGAAAUUGAUAUCCAAGACACUAACAUUACGUCCACUUGGACUACUAAAUUAACAAAGAAAAGUCAAAAAUGGACUUUAACUACCUCCAUUAUAGGUCAUUUCUGCUUUCAGAGAAAUUGCUCCGAGAACCAAGAGGAAGUAGGAACCAUGGUAUGUGAGGGCCAGAGAUCUUACGGGGACUCAAGUACUCAGAAUUGGGGAACCAUGCACAGUAUUGAACAGAAUCCUUUUAAUAACAUGGUUGUACAGGGGCUUUGGGACAAUGCAUCCCAAGAAUGGUUUGCCCCGCACGGAUUUUAUUAGAUAUGUGGAAAAUUUGCAUAUACCAGCCUACCUAGCAAUUGGUAUGGUUCAUGCAUAUUGGGAAAUAUAAAGCCUAGCUUUUUCUUACUUCCUAUUCCUCAAGGGGAAAAACUUGGAAUAGCAGUAUAUGAGGAGAAGGGAGCUAGGAGAAAAUGAUCAUUAAAAAUUGGAAAUUGGAAGGAUAAUGAAUGGCCACCUGAAUGUAUAAUACAGGUGUAUGGACCUGCCACUUGGACUGAAGAUGGAUCAUGGGGAUAUAGGGCUCCAAUUUAUAUGCUGAAUUGCAUUAUUAGGUUACAAACUGUUCUGGAGAUUAUCACUAACGAGACAGCACCAGUAUUAAAUAAGUUGGCUAAACAAAA